GAUAUUUUUUAAGAUAUAAUUUAAGUCUUAGGUGUUGCCAGAAUGUGUCUGUGAAGUUUCAGCUUAAAAUACCUCACAGAUCAUUUAUAAAUCCAUGUUGUAAAUACCCUUUUCUGACUACAGUCAAGAACAGGCUGUUUUCGUCCAUGUGCCUUUAAAUGCAAAUGAGCUGCUGUGCCCCGCCCCCUCUCUAUGAUCACAGUUCCUGCAUCAAUCGGAUUCUCUGCCAAAUAUUAAUUGUCGCUACAGCUGCUCGAGCGUGGAGAAAAUGGCGGACAGCGUACAACUCGCUCAGGGCGGAAACCAUGGUAAUACAGGACUGUCAAUCAGCGGCAGUGGGCGGAGCAUGAGUAAUGUGACGUCACAUUACUCAGAGGAUCAAAACGGCUUGUCUAAUGAGACUGCUUUGGUUUAAUGGGGAUUUUAAAAAAAGGAGUGGGUGGAUUUUUAUCAUUGUGGGGUGGUUGUGUUCACACACUGCUAACACACAUUUAUAUCCAAACACCUUGUAAAACUGGAUUUAGCAUAAUAGGUGACCUUUAAAAUAAUGUUGUUUUUGAACAUUCAAGCAUGAAAGCAGAGUAUACUAUUCUAGUAGACCCCAAAUCAAAACCAAGACUUUGUAAAAGGGCAUAAUAUUAAAUUCCAUUCCAGACUAAAAGCAUUGCAAAAGCUUAAAAUCAUUUUACUUUUGUCAGGGAACAUGCAUUUGAAAGAUUUAUGUACCACAAAAUGUAAUGCUCUGCUGUGUUGUCUCGUUUAAAGUAUCAUUUUGAUCAUCAUGUCAGAGUUCAAGAUUCAUGUUAGGGUUGUGUCUAAAUCUAAUUGGGACAAACUUGUCUCCUGAGUGGGAGUUUUCUCAAUUCCCUCUGAAAAUUGUGUCAGAGUGAACUUUUAAAUAGACGUGAGAAGAAUAGAGGCAAAGAAAUAAUGAGAGAGGAGAGUUACCAGCAUAUAUAUGGACUUCAGAGUCAUUUUAGACACAAGGCUAAGACAAGAUGACAUCAACAUAAGACACUUUUUGUUUCAUCCAGGUUUUAUUGACUUUUUGGAAAAGUGGACUAAAUGUUUAUCGAAACAGGACAUCUGCCCGCCUUUGUACAAUCAAAUAUGCUAACGGCUUUACAGGAUACUUGAUUUAUUCAUGAAGCUUGUGGAAUUAACAGUCUAAAACAGGACUAACCAGGAAGAACAAGUGUUGGAAGACGUGCAGUGAAAGAGUGUUGAGGGACAGAGUGUCAGGAUGAGUGUGAGGUGGGAGACAGAGGGGUUACAGACCGUGGGCAUCGUCUGUCUGGUCUUCAUGUUUCUCAAACUCAUGCAUCUGCUCGGACUCAUAGACAUAACUGAGACAGACAGCAGUGACAGUGACCUAGAGCUGUCCACGGUGAGACAUCAGCCUGAGGGUCUGGAGCAGCUGCAGGCUCAGACCAAAUUCACCAAGAAGGAGCUGCAGUCCCUUUAUAGGGGCUUCAAAAAUGAGUGCCCAAGUGGUUUGGUUGAUGAGGAAACUUUCAAGACCAUCUACUCUCAGUUCUUUCCCCAAGGGGAUGCCACCACAUAUGCCCAUUUCCUGUUUAAUGCAUUUGAUCUUGACAGAAAUGGCUCUAUUCGUUUUGAGGACUUUGUGAUCGGCCUGUCCGUGUUGCUGAGAGGAUCUGUCACUGAAAAGCUCAACUGGGCUUUCAACCUUUAUGACAUCAACAAGGAUGGUUACAUCACUAAAGAGGAGAUGCUGUUAAUCAUGAAGUCAAUCUACGAUAUGAUGGGCAGGUACACCUACCCCAGUGUGCGAGAUGAAGCUCCAUCUGAACAUGUGGAAAAGUUCUUCCAGAAAAUGGACAGAAAUCGAGAUGGUGUGGUCACUAUUGAGGAGUUUAUUGAGACCUGUCAGAAAGAUGAAAACAUCAUGAACUCCAUGCAGCUCUUUGAAAAUGUGAUAUAGGACGGGUGUGGAGCAAUCUAAAGCUAAAACAGCCCUCAAUGUCCCAAACCACAUGUCUAUAUACCAAACUAGCACAGCAGUCACUCUCCGUCUUGUCCUGUAGCACUACUCCCAUGCCUGCUGCACUCCGUAGAAUCGUAUAUAGACCAACACAUAGCCUACAGUAUGGCAUCACAGUUUGUACUUCACAGCAGGACUGCUUUUAAAAAGAAAAGCCUGGACGGCUGGGAUCCUUCCUGUUGCUAAAUACUGGCAACCAUGUGGUGGAAACUACUGAUCAGAAUGAACAAAUGAAGUAGCAAAGCCACAUUUUGUAUCACUGGUUGAUGGAUUCCAAUGGAGUCUCCAAAACUCGUAUGAAAACCAUCACAGCUCUGGACUGCUUUCUUCUGCCUUAUAAAUGAGGGACAUUACAAGACUUAAUCUCAACCUUCCAAGACACCAUAGUUUGAAGGAGAGUAAAGCAACUAUGGAUUUCAAGGGACCCAAAGGAGCGUCUAGCAACAAUGAUGAUUUGAAGCACACCAGAGACUACACGUAAUACUCACCAAAAGAACAAAAUAAAUGUGAUGAAAAACGACCUGAAGCAUGCCUGUCCAAAUAUGUGAGAUAUUUGUGAUUUUCUUGCAUGGAGACUGAAAAAGUUGUACAUUUUCUUCCUUGUAAGCCAGUAGGUCCCACAGAAGACUGUAAGCAAACUAAAGCAACUGUAUGCGUGAAGUUAGAUAGUGUACCAGUGUUUAUAAGUUCUACUCAAACCUGUAUUGCACAUAUCAGUGGGGCCAGGAUGAUUUGUUUGGUCACAUUUGAUUCUUGCACAGCAAUGAGGUAUAUAAAAAAGUUAUAUUUACAGUAUAGGCAUUUUAGAAGUAUUGAAGUAUGUGUUUUAUUUUCAGGAAUGUAUUUAUUUGUCAGGUGGUGUCUAAUGGAAUGCAGGGUUUGGGCAUAAACGGAUAAAUGUCCAGGUUAUUAAAAAUGUGGUUUACAAAUGCUAUUAUUAUUUAAAUAUAUAUAUAUAUAUUAAUUUCGAUUUUGCUAUAUAUAUAUAUAUAUAUAUAUAUAUAUAUUUGAAACAGACUAAGAUAUACUGUAUGAGAGGCUUGUUUAUCUUUAAUUUGUUGCUUUUGCCCACAUAUUGUUUUGUAAAGGUUACAUUUUAUUAUUUCAUGAAGUACAGUACAUGAUGGCAACUUUGAGCAUCUGCUGCUUAUAUGACAGUUAUAUUAUCAGGAAUAUGGGGCAGUUAUUGUCACUUUACUCUUACACAACAUCCCCUUUUAUUUUGGGGAUGUUGGGUAACUAUUUCACACCUAUAAAAGAACAAAUACUACAACUAAGGUGAAGUUAAAGGUUCAAAGUUUAUUAAAAGUCUGUUUUCAGUUCACUUUCAGCAACAUCUAAAUGGUAAAAGCUCUUAUUUAUUUAAUCUUUGUUUAUUUGAUUGGAACAGAUACAGAUUCACAUAGAUCCAAUGAAUAAAAGAUGCACUACUCUUAACCAA